CCAAACAAUGUCCAACCUCCCAACCUCAACUUCUUCCACAGCAACAGCAUCGACAACCUCCAUCCUCCCCCUCGAUGCUCUCUUCAACAACCCUCUCUUCGCCGGCGGGCUCGGGCUCGCAGGCCUGGGGGCUGCAGCAGCAGUUGCCCGCAGAGGUGUGAUCCGAGGCGCAUCCCUCGUCAAGAGGCGCCUCCUCAUGAACGUUGAGAUCAGUAAAAGAGACCCUUCAUACCAAUGGAUCCUCGCAUGGCUUAGUAUACCACGUCCGCAAGCCGGUUUUAUCGCGUCCAGAAUUACACGAAUCCACGAUUUCUCCAUACAAACGGUACAGAAAACGGCGGAGGGUGGUGCUGCUGGACACUCGAAUAUGAUGCUGCAGGCGGGCUUUGGGAAAUACAUAAUCAAGCAUGGCAAUGCUUAUAUAGCUGUCAAUCGAGAAAAGGCGACGACCUCGAACCUAAAUACCGGCGAACCACAUGAGACAGUGACGCUGACGACGCUGUAUGCGCAUCGACAUAUAUUUGAGGAUAUAUUCGGGCAGGCGCAUUACAUGGCCAUGUCGGCACAAGAGGGGAAGACGGUCAUGCAUACUUGUCAGGGCACAGAAUGGAAACCCUUUGGCGAUCCGCGGAAGAAGAGGCCUCUGGAUUCAGUUGUCCUGGAUGUUGGGAUCAAGGAGCGCAUUGUGGACGAUGUGAAGGAUUUCCUGGCCAGGCAGUCGUGGUAUGUUGAUCGCGGGAUCCCAUACAGGAGGGGGUAUCUUCUCUAUGGACCUCCAGGAAGCGGGAAGAGUUCUUUCAUACAGGGUCUGGCUGGAGAAUUGGACUUUGGCGUUGCGAUCAUCAAUUUGAGCGAGAGGGGUAUGACUGACGAUAAGCUGGCACAUCUGCUUACAAAAUUACCUCCGAAAACAAUACUUCUGCUCGAGGAUGCAGACUCAGCAUUUAGGAAUCGGAGACAGGUGGACGACGAUGGAUAUUCAGGAGCUUCUGUUACAUUCUCCGGACUGCUCAAUGCAUUGGAUGGAGUGGCCGCUGGGGAAGAAAGGAUAGCAUUCUUGACUACGAACCAUAUCGACCGACUGGACGAGGCCCUGAUACGGCCAGGGAGAGUGGAUAUGACUGUUCGAAUCGGGGAAGCUACAAGAUACCAAGCAGGAGAGAUGUGGACUCGAUUCUAUGGAGAUGUCGAUACAGCAGGUGACGGAAAGAAGAGAUUCCUGCAGAAGCUCGAAACCCUCGGCUUGGUCUCUGAUGCUGCUGGAAAAAUGAAGCCCCAACUUCAGACGAGUACGGCUGCCAUCCAGGGACUCUUUCUGUUCAACAAAGAUGAUAUGGAUGGAGCAAUCGAGAUGGCUGAGGGCUUGAUACCACGGAUCUAUGAGCCGCAAUCGUCUCCGAAUGGCGUCAAGGUUUCAGCAUAGAAUUUGUCUACCUUAUGGGCAAUAUGCCUAUUGUCCUUCUUUUGUUGGCCAGUGGCUGACUGUAAUAUAUGUCCGAUUUGAAAGGGGAUCCUAUAUUUGUUCAGCCCUGGCUCAGAUAAUGGCGUCAGAAGCUCGUAUGCCAUAAUACCCAUGUAUCAAUCACUAUAUUGCUACUUGAUUCAUUUAUUCUUAUCCACGUCCUUCUCUCUGCCAGAAAUAACACCGAGUCCCGGAUGGCUCUGUCGCAAUAUAUAGAAACGAGAAGUCCGAUAUGAUAUUAACACAACAGUUGAACUGAAUAAUCAUGGCCUCGCAGCAGUGUCUAUACAUAACUACAUAUACAGUGUUGAUAGUUGAUGAGAAGGUCAUACGCUUUUGAGAGAAAAGUCGAUAUUCUUUGACGGCUCUUGAUGUGUUCCGGUGGAAUGUGCUUCUAAUAAAUUGUUGGUAUCUUGGUUAUUUCAUGUAAAUACAUUGGUUGCGCCUGGUUUUUGCUAGCUCGACCACACCUCCUUUGUGUUCACCGACUUAAUUAUUCAUAAAUACCCAGGUUCAUGGAUUACAGAAUUUAGGUUCCUUUUGAUGAGAAGUACGACUUUACGAGACUUCAUCUCCGGCCCAGUUCUGCCCCCUCACUUGAAAGACAGAGGCUAUCUCUCCUCCGUGGAACUGAAUUGGUUGUGGAAAUGACAGGUGGUCUUGAAGGGGGAACUGUGCUUUCCAUUCUUCGGCUUCCGGCCCUUGCCCAAGAUCUUUCCAGACAGUGAUUGUGAUUUUUAUAGUGCAACCAUUAUCGUGCUCAAAACCAGCCUUAUAUUCAGUUCGACAGUAUCGACAUUGCUGAAUUUCCGAGCAGAGAUCCCACGAUGUCUUCUUUAAAAUAGUACUGUUCUUGCAAUGUGGUAAUAUUGACCACUUCUCAAGAAAGGGAGGACAGGUUGUUGUGAUACGGAGACUGGCAGGCCGCCCUAUUAAUUCGAGGUCAAGAUGCCCGCAUAUCCAGAAGCAUAUUGAGUCUCGCUCAACACCUGUACACGUGCCAUGGAAAGCUACGCGUUGGCAGGUGAAUAGGGAACCGUUUCUAAUUCGACAUUCUGCUUUUUGUUUUUGGACCAAGGUAACCCGGGCGUACGUGGAGAAUUUUCCUGACAGAAGAUUCAAGAGCUGGCGGCUUCGAGCAUCAUAACCAAAGAGGUGGUAGUGCUUCAUCGCCAUCUUGAAAACAGUGGUGCUGAAAUUCUCGUGAAUAUACCGUGUUACCUUUGCCUCUCUGUCAUCGGAGAGACAAUCCGGCGCUACUGCUUGCAAAACUCGUUGACCAUUCUCGGUGUAUUUCCGGGCAUCUUGUAUCCUAUGAAGCUUUUUGCAAGAAUUUCAAACGAUCUGGUUUGGAAGAUCACGUUCUAUAAGUUUCAAGAACACUAGUGUUUCGUGAGACGAGGUCGCUAGGUUCUCAAGGUACCGAGUUCCGAUCAAAAAGCGAAUGUGCCGACAAGAGAGAGAAAAUGAUGCGGCUGAUGCGACGGGAAGGUCGUUGGCAAUCUGUUGCAGUAGUUCUGUUGGGAGCUUGGCCAAAAGCGAUUUUUCUAAUGCAUUUGACCUCUGGACUGCGGGAUAUCGAGAAAAGCGUUUUAUUUCUUGAUGAAAGAGGACGAAUAACCUCUUGGUGUAAUUCAUGCUGAAGCCAGAGUGAGGUGAGAUGUGCCAAGACUUGACACUGCUGUGCUGCAAAAAAGAAAAAG